AUGGCAGCGAGGCCCAUCCUUUCGUUCUUAUUGGCUGUGCUGGCGUGCACUGGGCCGGCCCAACCCUCGCCCCCACUGCUGCUCCGCCCCCGGGAGAGAGAGAGGGACUCUGGAGGGGCUUCGGGCGGAGUCAACAUCGCUGUAGUCCACUCCGGCUCCUCCCACCUCCCGGAAACGAGUGCCGGGGUGGGGGGUGUGGGCGUGGGCGUUGCCUCUUCGGCGGGCUCCGGCUCCGGUGCCGGGCCAAGCAGCAGCAGCAACUCGGGGACAGGUUUUCUGAGUCGGGCCUGGUCAGGACAGGUGGGUGAGAGCGUGAUGACACCAUGGGGACCCGCGAAUGUGAUCUGGCUGGCCGUGAACGAGAGCAGUCCUGGGAGCCUCUUGCUACAGUUGUGUGAGUUACUGGCUACCACUCCACUACAAGGCCUUGUGUUUGAGGAAGAGAAGCCGCCACCGCCCAACCGCGCACCAUUAGCACCUAUGCUGGAAUUUGUCUCGGCCCAGACAGGAGUGCCUGUGAUUGCCGUUGGAGGAGGGGCUGGCUUGGGGAGGGAGCCACAGGAGAGCGGCUCCGUCUACUUGCAGUUCUUGUGCUCCACUGGCCUGCAGCUGGAGGUCAUUUUCGAAGUUCUGGAGGAGUUUGAUUGGACGGCUUUCUCUGUGGUUACCACACGCCACCACGGCUAUGAGGACUUCCUGGCCAUGGUAGAAGGCAUGAUAGAUGGCUCCUUCAUCGGCUGGGAGAGAAAGAGCGUAGUGAUGCUCAACCUGACUGAUGACCCGGGAGGGGCUCGUACACGCAGGCUGCUGAAAGAGAACGAAGCACAGGUGCGACUCCUAUAUUGCUCACAGGAAGAGGCGGAGCACAUUUUUAAGGCUGCAUGGGCAUCCGGGCAGGCUACUCCUUCACAUAUGUGGUUUGCGGUGGGCCCGGCUCUGUCUGGACUUGGUCUUGAGGGUCUACCCAAGGCUCUUUUCUCUGUGCGACCCCAGGGAUGGAGGGACGAGCCACGACGGCGAAUUGCAAAGGGUGUGUCGGUAUUGACGCACGGUGCUAUGGCUUUACGUAGGGAGUAUGGUGGGGCCCGAGGGACGAGCUUUGCUGGGAACUGCGUGAUGGAUGGAAAUCAAACACAGAGGGUGCCGGAUAGGAUCAGGUUCUUCAGUAACAUAACUCUAUCUGGACGGGACUAUUCCUUUAAUAAUGACGGUUAUCUGGCAAAUCCGCUCCUGGAUGUUAUCUCCUACACUGCAGGAAGAGGAUGGGAGGAGGUAGGUUGGUGGGAAAAUGGAGUGCUGCGUCUGCAUUACCCUCCCUGGUCCCGUUACGGCUCAUUCCUCAAACCUCUGGAUGACUCCCAACACUUGCGUGUGGUUACUCUGGAGGAGAGGCCGUUCGUCAUCGUGGAGCCUGCUGAUCCUGGAACAGGCUCCUGCAUCAGAGACUCUGUGCAAUGCCGUCUGCGACUCAACAACAGCAUGGUUGUUGAGGGCAUUCAGUCCAUGAAGCACUGCUGCAAAGGCUUCUGUAUUGAUGUUCUCAAGCGCCUGGCUAAAAUAGUGGGCUUCAGCUAUGACCUCUAUCUGGUGACCAAUGGCAGGCAUGGAAAGAACAUAAAUGGAGAGUGGAAUGGAAUGGUCGGGGAGGUGGUGUCCAAGCGGGCUGACAUGGCGAUCGGCUCCUUGACUAUUAAUGAAGAGAGGUCAGAGGUUGUAGAGUUCUCUGUUCCGUUUGUGGAGACUGGCAUCAGUGUCAUGGUCUCUCGUAGCAAUGGCACUGUGUCACCAUCUGCUUUCCUCGAGCCGUACAGCCCAGCUGUGUGGGUGAUGAUGUUCGUCAUGUGCCUGUCUGUGGUAGCUGUGACCGUCUUCAUAUUCGAAUUCUUAAGCCCUGUUGGAUAUAACCGAAGCUUACAGAGUGGGAAGAAGACAGGAGGUUCAAAGUUCACCAUAGGGAAGUCUAUUUGGCUGCUGUGGGCUCUGGUGUUUAAUAACUCUGUUCCGGUGGAAAACCCAAGAGGCACCACCAGUAAGAUAAUGGUGCUGGUCUGGGCUUUCUUUGCUGUCAUCUUCCUGGCCAGCUACACUGCAAACCUGGCUGCUUUCAUGAUCCAAGAAGAGUACAUCGACACUGUGUCUGGCCUCAGUGAUAAGAAGUUUCAGCAUCCCACAGAGCAGUAUCCUCCCUUACGCUUCGGCACUGUCCCAAAUGGGAGUACAGAGGAGAAUAUACGGAGCAAUUACCCCAACAUGCAUCAGUACAUGGUGCGGAACAAUCAGAGAGGCGUGGAAGAGGCCAUCGACAACCUUAAAACUGGAAAACUGGAUGCAUUCAUAUAUGAUGCAGCUGUCCUGAAUUACAUGGCUCGCAAGGACGAGGGCUGCAAAGUAAUGACCAUCGGCUCUGGCAAAGUGUUCGCUACAACAGGAUAUGGCAUUGCCUUACACAAAAACUCCCGCUGGAAGCGGCCGCUAGACCUUGCCCUCCUGCAGCUAGUUGGAGAUGAUGAGAUUGACAUGCUUGAAAGACUCUGGCUGUCUGGGAUCUGCCAUAAUGAUAAGAUUGAGGUGAUGAGUUCCAAGCUGGACAUAGACAACAUGGCGGGAGUGUUCUAUAUGCUUCUGGUUGCCAUGGGCCUAAGUCUGCUGGUGUUUGCAUGGGAGCAUCUUGUCUAUUGGAAGCUCCGCCAUUGUUUGGGCCGCUCUGGAGGAAUGGACUUCCUACUAGCUUUCAGUCGGGGAAUGUACAGCUGCUGCAAUUUUGAGGAUGAAACAGCUCCUGGAGGCUCCCAAAGCACACUUCCUCAAUAUCAUCAUGUCUCCACAGUUCCUCCUCCUCCACCGCCUCAUGUGAUCUCUGCAGCCUUGGCCAAUCCCCCCAUCGCUAUGGCACAACAGCAGCAACAACAAAAGCAACACCACCAGCAGCCACCAGUAUACAAUGCUCUUCUUCCUGGCUCCCCUCCUUCAGGUGGACAUUCUGGAAUGGCACUAGGGCCAUCGAACAGUCCCAUUCUUGGAGCACCCAUGCCUUGCUCUACAUUCCUACCAAGGCAUGAUCGUCGAUUAGCUGUUGUGAAUCGGUGGACACGUCCAAAGGUGGGCCCUGAGAAGCCUGGCGGUGUGAACAGUGGGAUAACAGACUUAACGCAAUUCCAAGGCAUGCCCCCUCACUGGGGUGCAGGAAUAAGUGGAGGAGAGGAGGGUCUGGAUGAGUACAAGAGAUACUAUGGGCCAAUUGAUCCAGAAGGCUUAGGGGUCUCUGCCGAACCUCAAAACAUAGGCACCCAAACUCCAAAAAUGAAGCAUCAUGGGACGAAAUCCUCUGGAAACCCAUGGUUACCUCCUAAAGGUCAAGCCUCUGGACACGCUGAACCUCAAAACAUAGGCAUCCAAACUCCAAAAACUAAGCAUCGAGGGACAAAAUCCUCUGGAAACCCACGGUUACCUCCUAAAGGUCAAGACUCUGGACACUUACCAAUUAACCCUGCUUUGCCACAUCCCUCUCCACCUCUGCAAUCUAUCUGGAGGAGAAGCAGCUUCUCAAAAAGGAAGGGUUCAGGGGGGCCACUCUACGAAAACAUCCUUCCACUCGGAAGGAGAGGUGGUGGCAGAUAUGGAAUGAGGGAUGGGGGUGGGAGAAGAGGACGUCGUCCUCCUCCUCUUCCUCUGCCUAUACCUGUGCCCCUCUCUUCCCCAACACAGACUCUGCCCUCACCUUCUCCAUAUGUAUGCUACACAUCCAAUUCCUCCAGCAGCUCCAGCACCUCCAGUUCAUCCUCUUCUUCAGAAUCAGUCUCCCGAUCCAAUUCUCCCUCUUCUUCAUCAUCGUACACAUCAUCACAGAGCUUCAGAUACCGGGCAGAUGUACGAGAUGUGUAUGAGGACUAUGACACAGAUGAGCUUACGGAGGAGGAGUCAAGCUUGCUUUUGGGGAGGAGAAAAAGUCGUUCACGUAUGUCCUCUCGAUCCCUGCCUAGCAGUCCUCCACCACCACCUAUACCACCCCGCAAACCUUGCGGACAGAGGGCGCAGGUGAGAGACAGAGCAGGCAGCCAGAUUGCACAGCUUCAAGAGUGGUGGACCUCUUGGGGAGAGAAAGAAAAGGGUAGAAGAGCAACUGGAGAUAGAGAUGUUAAGGAGGAGAAACAACAUCAUAAAGAAAGGGAAAGAGAGAGAAAGAGGAGGAAGAAGGGUAGAAAGAAAAAGAAGAGAGAAGAGCGUGAAAAAGAAAGGGAGAGUAAAAGGCGUAAGGUGAAAAAGAAAAAGAAAAAAGAGGAACAAUCAAGAAGAAGGGAGAGGGAAAAACGAACUGAACAAGAGGAGGUAGAUAUGGACAGGAAAGAUGUCUUUGAAAAAGGAAUAGGACAGGAAUACUCUUCUUAUCCUGCACUGAGGCGAAGCUCUUUCCGAAAAAAGAGUGAAAGCUCUACAAGGAGUUAUGAGUGGGAUACUAUCAGAGAUGGAGUAAAGAGAGAUAGGGAUGAUCAAGGUGGAGAAGAUGAAGAAGGCAGUAGAGGAAAGGAAAGGCAUCAGAGAAGCCCAAAAUCACAACGCCACUCCAGGCCAAGGUCCAACAACAAGCAUUUUUCUUGCUCAAACAAACCUUCUUCAACAGUCAAAUUUUGGAGUAGUGGGAACCCAACUUCUGAUUCACCAUCGUCUUUUGUACCCUUGCUUCCCAUAUCUAAAAGACGAAAGUAUGUAGGAGCUGAGAGAGAUGAGCGAGGAAGAGGUGGAGAGAGUCGGCCCCUUUUGGGAAAAAACAAGAGAGUUAAGCCUUGCUCGAGAGAAGGCCUGUCAUUUCACGAAUGGGAUUCCGAGGAAGAAGAAGAUGAGGAGUCUGAAGUGGAAAGAAGUAGGCCAGAAGAACAGGGGCGACGACGAGAAAGCAGAGGAAUGGACUCUGAAUCCGAAAGGGACAGAGAAAAAACUGUUGAGAUAUACACAGAUGAUGAGGGUUCCUCAGGAGAGUUUGGUAAGUUUGAGAGAUAUUGGGAGGGUCACGAAGGAAGGGCAGUUGGAGGCAUUGGAGGAGGAGGAUGGUUCUUUGGCACCUACCCUGCCAGAGAAAGAGGAGGCAGCAUAAACAGUAGAGAUGACUCUUUUUUAGGGUGGGGUGGUGGAGAAAGUAGCUUGGGGUUCAGAGCAGGAACAGGGUGGGGAUCAGAAAGAUUAGGAUCAAAUCAGUGGCCUCCAACUCCAUUGACUCCCCCACCUCCUCGAAGAUACUGGUCUGUUGAUAAAUUACCAGUGAAGACCGAAAAUAAAUCUAAAAGCAGGUCUCAAGAGAAGAGUCGAGUCCACACAUCCUGUUCCUGCCAGUCACCCCAUCACUUUGCCAGCACUCACUCCAAAUGGAAUCGGGUGACUUCUAGGAGUCAGGAGGAGCUAUUCCCUCACUGCCACAGUUUCAGCAGCAGUGUAAGACCCAAACGGCAAUCAUCCAAACCAGAUCGGGCUCAGAGCCAGGCAAAAUCUGGAAGCCAAUCCAACCUCAGUGCACAAAGACCACAACGCUCAGACCGGUCCCGACAACCGCCGUCCCCUCCUCAGAGUCUACCGCCAUCUUUACCCCCUCCAAUGGUCCCUGCACUCCCAGCCCCACCCUCUUCCUCUCACCAUAUACAUGUACCUCCACCUACCUCCUCCUCAUCAGUGUCCUCCCCAUCGGUUGUCUCAUCUACACCUGGUGCCCCACAGCCCUCGUCUUUGUCCUCCUUUAGUGCUAAGCUCCAGUACCAGAAACUGCGAUCGUUUACCCAACCCCAAAUGUAUCAAUCCCCACAUCUUCCCCUCAAAACCAAGAGCCUGUGCUCUCGUCGAGGCUCUGCCCACUUCUCCAGUGUGGAGAGUGAGGUCUGAGGAACAUAAUUAAAUGAGGAACAUCAGCAAGUAGCCCCUAGGGGCGAUCAAAUCACCUGCUCAUGCCACAAACUGUUAACUGUUCAUAGCAGUCGAGUUGGGUUGUUUUCGCUGGCACCCAUCUCUUGCACAAAGCUCUAAUGCUCAGAGACAAACCUGGAUUGGGAUGUCACAUAAAUUGUAGCCCUUUCUCUUUACUUGUAUAAGAAUGGAAUACUGUCAUGCUGACAAAUCUUUUUGAUGUUAGCGAGGCUGUUUGUAUGGGAUUGGCUUUGCUUUUCUUACUUCUUGGGGGCUUUAAGGUGGAGCGUCAAUAAUGUGGGUAAAUGUGAUUUUUCUUGGAGUGUUUUGCUGCUCGAUGGCUCUGGAACGAUUUUUUGAAGGGAGAUUCUGAGGUCAAAAUACAAAGCCCUAACAUCCCACGCCCAUCUUUUUUUCUCUCUUGCUCUCAGAGCUCUGAAUCAUGAUGUAAUUGUUGUGUAUAUUUGUUCAAAAUCUCUCAAGGGAAGCUUUCACAAAGGAAAGUAGCAAACCAUUUUUCUCUUCUCAGAGCAUUUUUCUUGACCUCCACCUUCCGCAAACUGACAUCUAGCAUUCUGUGAGUUGUUGUCAGUGUUUGUAUUCCUAGCAACAGGGUAAGUUAGCCAUGACUGAUCACAUAUUGGCUUACUGAAGCUGAAUGCCA